AACCAUCGGCACAGAGAGCAGGUUCACAUACAAGCGAACUCUGGACGAUAUAGUGAUAGUCGUAGACAAGAUGGCACCGGCAGAUCAUCAUCAUAGGUCAACUCUCAAACAAACUAACAAAUCUUUUAAAUCCCGUCACUCUACAAAAGGUUCAAUCAAAUCAGCUGCUAAAGGUAAACCCGCUCCAUCCUCACUCCCCACUACCCGACCUUCUAAACAAUCUCAAUCACAAUCACAAACCAAAAAAGCUCGUACCAACGCCAACGCUCAAAAAAGAUCUUUAAAAGCUAAAGAAGUCAUCGAUAAUAUCCGAUUUUUCUCUACGUCCAGUAAUGGUAUAGGAGUACCUAGGAUCAUUUCUGUUAUUCCUCUUCUUCCUUAUUCCCCCUCACAACAUAAUCAAAACUCUAAAAACUCUCCGAUUGGUGUAUCUACUUUAAGAUGGUUGAAAGGUUUUUUACCCGUUUUGGGAUUACAUGAAGAUGAAUUUGAAAAUAUAUCACAAGAGAUAGAUGUGACACAAAAAGGUGGGAAUGGAGAAAUUGGAAGUUAUAUGAUUAGAGCUCCAAGGUUUAAAACUAUUUUACAAAUCAAUCUUUUACCUUCACUUGACGUUUAUGCCAGUUUGGACGCUGCUUUGGUUAGCGAUUACGUUGUUUUACUUUUGAGUAGUAAGGAUGAGGUACAAUUGGAAGGAGAAGGGGUUUUGAGGUGUUUACAAGGACAAGCAGGAGGUGUGGAGGUUGUUACUUGUGUUCAGUCACCCGAAGAUCAAUCCCUCACACCAUCAACCAGAAAUCUUGUACAUAAAUCUCUUCUCUCAUUCACUCGAUAUUUCUUCCCGGCAGUGGAUAAGAUAUACUCCUCUGACACUCCCUCCGAAGCUGCCCUCUUAGCUCGGGCUCUGUGUGAAGCGGCACCCGGUGGCAAGAGAGUCGAUACGGGAAGAGCGUAUCUCGUAGCUGAGGGUAGUACUGCUGUCCGAUGGACUCCAUCCACUCUGGAAGGUACGGAUGGGGAGGAACAGGGAAGACUGGAGAUCACCGGGACAAUCAGAGGAGGGUGUUUGAGCUCUGAACGAUUAGUUCAUAUUCCUGGUAAAGGAGAUUUCCAAGUGGAAGCUAUCAUUCCCGCUCCUCCUUCUCAAUUGACCCUAGCAGCUAGACCACAUCAGAAACCAGACAUGGCAAUCGAUAUCACCCCCGAUCCUCUGUCAGUGCCGAGUGAAGAAGCGGACGAUUUGGUAUCAACCAACACUCCAGAUUUGAUGGCCAACGAGCAAACAUGGCCGACCGAAGAAGAUAUGGCACAGGGUAUGUUCGAAAAUGGUGAUAAACGUACGAAGAGGGUACCCAAAGGAACAAGCGCGUAUCAAGCGGCUUGGAUAGCUGACGAAGAUGACGAGGACGAAGAUGGUGAUGAAGAAGAAGACGAGGAAAUGGAUGGAGAAGAGGGGGAAGAUGGCGGGUCGGAGCAAGAUGGCAAUGUGGUGGAAGAAGAGGAGGAAACGGAGGAGAUAGAGAUGGAUUCGAGACGGGGAGAGAUACAUAAAGAUUUAGACCCUGAGCAAGAAGAACAAGAAUAUGCAGCAUAUCUCAAACGAAGAGAGAAAGCUCAACAAGAAGAUAUGUUAUUCCCGGACGAAAUUGACACUCCUCGUCAUAUCCCCGCACGGACGCGAUUUCAGAGAUACAGAGGUCUGAAGAGUUUCCGAACCAGUCCUUGGGAUCCUUACGAAAGUCUGCCGAUUGAUUAUGCGCGGAUAUUUCAGUUCGAAAAUUACGCCGCCACUCGAAAGAGGAUGGAGAGGGAGGCGAGAGAGGAGGGGGUUAGACCAGGAACCCGAGUCACUCUCAUUCUCAAAAACGUUCCCCGCUCCAUCAUGGAUCAUCACAAUCCCCGACUUCCCUUCAUAGUCCAUGGUCUUCUUCGACAUGAACACAAACAAUCCGUCCUGCAUUUCGUCGUACAGAGAAAUACCGAAUACACCGCUCCUGUCCGUGCUAAAGAUCCUCUGAUCCUUUGCGUCGGACCAAGACGAUAUAUCAUCCGUCCACUUUUCUCACAACAUGUCCGAGGUGGUGGUAAAGGUAUCAACAACGUACAUAAAUCGGAAAGAUUCCUUCGACCAGGUACAGCGACGGUAUUGACGACUUUCGGUCCUGUGGUAUUUGGGAAAAUCCCGUGUUUACUUAUCCGAGAUCCUUCCGUUUCUUCCCAUCCGAACGCUCACGCAACUACAAAUUCUGUUCAUCACGGAGAUUCACAAAACGAGGAUGAUAGUGAAGAUGAUGAAAGUGAAUCUAGUAACGAAGAAGAAAGAAAAGGUCAUAUGCCGGAAUUAAUAGCUAUGGGAAAUUUCUUAUCCCCAGAUCCUACACGUAUCAUAGCUAAAAGAAUCGUUCUCACUGGUCAUCCGUUCAAAGUACAUAAGAAAACUGCUACGAUAAGAUAUAUGUUUUUCAAUAGAGAAGAUGUGGAUUGGUUCAAAGCUAUAGAAUUACAUACGAAAUAUGGAAGAGUAGGUCAUGUUCAAGAACCUUUAGGUACACAUGGAUAUUUUAAAGCUCAUUUCGAUGGACCUGUGGGACAGAUGGAUACGGUUUGUAUGAAUUUGUAUAAAAGACAAUUCCCAAAGUGGAGCGAACCUUUCUCUCCUCCUGUCAAUCGGGCAGUUGAGAAUAUCAAUCACGAUGGAGCGAGUGUGGAAGAGAUGGAAGUGGAGUAAGUUAAUGGAAAUAGUAUCAAGGACAAAAUAAUGCAUCCAAGAUCCAAUC